AUGUGGGCCACAAUUUCGACGCUUCGCUGUUUGGUCGUGCUGCAGGCAGUUAUGCUUCUAGCUACUGCCGCCUUUGGUAAGUGUCGGGAUUUCUUUACAAGUACAAUUACCACCAAACUUUGAAUCGAACGAACUGUCCGCAGUAUUUUACAUUCACGAUACGUACAGAGCAAUAAAAAUAAUCCAGCCAUUUUAAUCGUCGACUUUAACGUAUGGUUUAAUCUUCCUUGAUCUUAGCAUACAUUGGCAGAUCACCAGCCUAUGAGCUGUGCAAACGGCCAAAUAGAGAAUGCACACUUGUGAACUACAGAACCGAGGAUGAAACCAAGGGCGCAGGCUGUCGUGCCGCGUGCGCAAAACAACGAGGUUCGCCCUAAAUAAUUGAAUUGACUACUACUAAUACUACUAAUAUCACUACUACUACUAACACCACUACUGCUAUAUGCUAAUUCGACCUGAUUACUUAUAUGUUUGAGCGCACGCUCCCUGUUUACUAGAGGUUGUAGUUAAAGUAACCACUUAUGCGUUGCUUUUAGGCGACCUAAAUGAGAAAAUGACAGUGUACUUUUGCGAAGAAUACAAUAAGCCUUGCAAGCCCUACGAAGUUUACGGAAGAAGCGGGUAUGCAGAAAACUUUGAAAGACACACCAUGUGCGUCGACCUGUGUCACUUUGUCGCAAAAGGUAACCUAUUCUAAUAUCCUUCAGUUUUUCGUGUGAUUUAAUCCUACUGACUAUACCAGACAUUUUUCAGCGCGUCUGAAUAUUUUUUUGCAAAAGCGAUGGGCAGUCGGAACUCACAACCAAAUGAUUGUUGAUUUUUUAUUUUUAGUUGAACAUAGCCCCGAAGACAAAUUUGAAAUGUGCUCGGAAACGAUGGACCCGUGCUAUGACAUAAAGCGUAUAAAUGGCACCUUCAAUACCUUCAAUAAGUGCGCCUUUAAAUGCGAUGGUUGGCCAAAAUGUGAGUUGUUACCUUUCAGCAAGUAGUGUUACUCGUUCUCAUGGGCUUGUUGUUGUAACAGACCGUUGUUUUUCUCCUCAAGUGGACAACAGCCUGGAAAACACAGCAUCUUUCUGUCCCAAUGAAGGCUUUUGUACGAAUGCCAAAUUUUUCAACAAUCCAAAAGCAGGAAAUGCCUUCGCCGGCCUGAAGACAUGCUUCACAAACUGCAUGUCAGGUAAGAUUACAUAUUCAGAUUUCAAAAGCAGAGCUGAUUCUUAAUCUGUGUUAUUAACUUGAGCGCUGUAUAACAUCGGGUAAAGGGUCUUACCGAAAUGACAAAUAUGACGUUUAUAGAAGCUUUUAGCAAUUAUCAGCCUGGAGAAUUCCUAUUGAUUUAGUUCUAUGAUACCAGUUUUACGUCGAUUUUCGAAGAGGACAAACAUACCGUUAUGUGUUCAAGGCAUUGUACUCUUCAGAAACUUGACUGUGCAUGCUUACAUCGGCUACCAGUUCGUUUAUAAACUUGCAGCUGGCAGGUCGUUGUGGGGUGUUUUAAAACGCUAUUUCAUGUUAUUUAGUAUGAUAUAAUUUCUAUGUUGCUCGACAGUGGCCUGAAAGUAUAAGUUAUGUCGGUAAGAGACCUGUAUUUGAUGGUUUAACCCCCGAUUUUACUAACGCAAACUAUUUUCUUCAUUUUAGAAUAA